UUUACUUGAGGCCAGGUGAACACUGAUAACAGUUUAUGUCAUGCUGUUUAGUUGUCCAUGUCUUUAGAACACUACAUGUUCCUGAUUUAGCGAAGAUGGAAGUAUUAAGGCUUUCAGCUUUAUUUACCAUUUUGGUUUGUUUAAUGCGCUUUGAACGAACGGAUGGAAUAAGUAAUAAAGACAUGGAUGAAUAUUGUGAUAUUUUGCAAGACAUUAAUGAAGACAUGGAUGAUUACUGUGGAUCGCGCAUCACACUUUACAAUGAUCAUCAAAUUGCACUUCAAUUUUCCGACGACGAAGAGUGUGAGGUUACAAUAGAAACAACACGCCAGUUCCCGAUGAUGAUGCUGUAUAUCAAAAGUUUUUCAGUGAGCUGCUUGAACGGAAAUGUCAGCAUAAGGAAUCAAUAUGGCCGGCCACCAGAUGGUUUAUCGGGAGCCCUAUGCGGUAGCGUUUCUUCCAGCAAAAUGUACAAAAGCGAUGGUGAAGUCAAGAUAAAAUACAACCCCAUAAAAGGAAUCCGAUGGACCUACGGUUCCUUUACUUUGAUCAUAACACUGUAUACGGAUUCAGGAACGUGCCCAAGCUGGGGUCACGUUUGCGAUAACGGGUGGUGCAUCGAUGCGGUUUUAAAAUGCAAUGGCUACUAUUCUUGCGGUGACAAUUCCGGAUGUUUGAUGGACAGCAGCGACUUAAAUCAUCCCUCAUCUGGCGAAAACAUUGUUGCAAGAAGUGUUGGCAUUGUUGUUGGCGUUGCCGUCGGUGUUAUCUUCGUCACCGUUGUCACGGUCACAUUAAUCUGUUGCAGAAGAAGAGCCCCCAGAACACCCGCACAGCUAUGCCGACCUACAGCGCCUCAGAUGCAUGUUGUUUACGCAACAGCUCCCACUACUGGCCAUUUUAACCAAGGGUUUUCGAACGAGAAUUACGGCAUACAUAUGCAGCAUACAACAGCGAAUUUCUCGGAAGCGACGUUGUUGUAUGGACAGCCACCACCCCCGUAUAAUCCUUCAUGGGCACCGAAAGAAAUGAAACCGGAAGGUCAAUAUGCUUCUCAAAUGAGGCAUAAUGUACAAGCAAAUGAUCACACGGCCAUAGAAACCGAAGGAACGAACGCACGAGAAGAUCCCGUUUAUGAAGAUCUCGUUUAUGACAAUAUAGCUAUUGAACAGUCUGAAGUGCAUUACAGUACCCUUGCUGGUGCAACAGGUCACGUUUAUCAACGUUAGGGACGCUCAACAUUUGCGUUUCGUGUAUUAACCGUCAAAAAAAUAAUCGGCGUUUUGAAACAAAACGAGUUUAUAUCUUUUUGACUUUAUAAAAACAAUAACAUUUUGUGUUCGCGGAUUUUUUUUAUGUUGUGUUAUUCAUAUAAAGAAUAAAUUUAUAUAAGCAGUGAUUUAAAAUAAUGCACGUUUGUUUAAUUGAAUUUGCUCAUAUAUGCAUAUAUUAAAGAAGGAAAAUUGCUGUGACAAACAUUAUAAACAACAUGCCCAUUGCACUUAAUGUGGCUCUGUUAAUGUCGAUGUUAACAAAUAAAGGCACGGUUGCCUUUGAUUAUAAGUGUCUUGUUCUGUGAAAGCUGGUCAUAAUGCAUGUGCGUAAAGUCUCGUCCCAGAUUAGCCUGUGCAGUCCGCACAGGCUAAUCAGGGACGACACUUUCCGCCUAAACUUGAUUUUCGGUAAGAAGGGACUUCCUUCAAACUAAAAAUACCAUAAAAGCGGAAAGUGUCGUCCCUGAUUAGCCUGUGCGGAGUGCACAGGCUAAUCUGGGACGUCACUUUACGCACAAGCAUUAAGCCCAGUUUUCUCAGAACAAGACACAAUUUUUUUUAUUAUUCAGAUUUGAAGCAACGACCAUCUUUAGUUUUACAUAAAAACGUUAUGAAAAUAUGCAUCUUAUUGAAUGUUCAAUUUAUUUCCAACAAUUAACACAUUUGUAAAUGAAAUAUUAGUAUAUGCCAAAAUACUAUUAAAUAGAAACUGCUA